AAAGACGGAGAGAACCGUGUGCACGAGGAUGAGCAGCGGAAGCGGCAAAAGGAGGAGUGGCUUCCAGAUCACCAGCGUGACCUCUGACCUUCACCAACACACAGCUGGCCAAUCGGCUGGCAGCGUGGUACUGACUGUCCUCCAAUCACCACCCACCCCCACCAGCACUCAAGGAAGCUCCUCCCAGCCGACCACACCCUCCCUGAAGAGGAAGAACACCUCCCAUGAUGCCUUGGGGCACAGCUCCAGGUUCAGAGUGGUGAGGUUGGCAGUGGGCGGGGCCAGCAGAGGUGAGCAUGGCGGCUCAUAUCGCCGUGGACGAUGGACGUGUACUGACGUUAUGGAGUGGCAUAAAGGGGCGGGCUUCCGGCGAGUGAUGGACAGCAUGAGACACGCUCACUCGCUGGAAUCCUUAGAGAUGAUUGGCCUGGGCAGAGAGGAGGGCAGGGUCCACAGCAGCCAUGUGCAUUCCCAAGACACCUCCCACCUCCUGGCACCCUCCCAGCCAAUCAGAGGGAGGGAGGGGGCGGGGCUCAAGGCUCGUAGAGGUCCACCUUCCCCCGUGCACCUGAAGCCAAUCAGCAUUCAGCUUCUAGACCACAAGAAGUCAAUAAGAGUGCAAGAUUCAGGCUCCACCCCCUUACUUCACUCACCCCACCCAUGUAAGACCGCUCCCCCUCCACUGCGAUUGGAUGACGGCGCUGCAGAGCGGACUGGUCUCAGACUUUCUCCCUCUCAGCCCAGCUCGCCCCCUGCUGGAUCAUUCUGUCACACACCAGCAGCCUUUAGCCUGGACCAAACCAUUUUCAACCUACCGGGGCAUGAUGGGUACUUUUUGAACUUUUCAUACCAGCUUUGUUUACAUUAUUUUGUUGUCAUGAUGACCUAUUGUUAAUGGUGGUGACAAAGCUCAGAGGUCACUGAUUGACUCAUGGGGUUGGUAGUGUUUUAGCUUUUCACACAUAAACCGGUGUAUCGUCUGCAUAUAUGAGUAUAUAUAUAUAUGAGUCCGUCUGAUGUU